CGCAGGGGUAGGCUUCGCAUGCGGUUGCCUAGACGGCGUGGUCGGCUCUUCACGACUUCGGAUCUCGGGGACUCCGCGCCCGCGGGCGCGUGGCUGGCGGGGCUGCUGGCCGGCCGGCGUGUGGGCGAGCUGGUGUCGUUCCCGCACCCGUAGCCAUCGCGGGCGGCCGCUUCACCCACGCCGUGGUGGACCGGGACAUCGCCGGCAGCGCCUCGGGGGCGCAGCUCGUGCGGCUGCUGCCGGGGGACGAGCGCUACGUGGCCAAGUUCGCGGACGUCCGCCAGGAGAGCUCGCGGUGCAGCGGGCGCUGGGCCGCAUGAAUGCGCGCUGGCGCGAGCGCGAGCUGACCUUGUGCGGCGUGCCCCUGGAGACGGUGACCUACUCCAUCGUGCCCCUGGGGGACGCCGCGGGCCUGGUCCAGGCGGUGCCCUCCAGCAGGACGCUGAGGCAGCUGUGCCGGGGCUUCUCCCUCGAAGACCGGCACCUGCGCGUGCUCCACGCGCUGCAGGGCAGCGUGACCCGCCUGGACAGGACACCUCCAGCAACGAAGGCUGGCGGCCUCAACGGCCGCGUACCUGACCGCUUGCUACUCCCUCGGCGUCGGCGACGGCUUCUUCUCCCUCCAAAAUCAUGCUGCGCGCCGACGGGUCGCUGUUCCGCGUCGACUUCGGCUACGUGUUCGGGGCGCGCCCGAAGCUGGACGCCCCGCAGACGGUACUGCCGAAGGCCGUGACCCACGCGCUGAGCGAGUCGCGGCUGGGGCCGCUGGUGC